GCAGAGUUGGCUGAAAUCACGGGGAGAUUAUAAAGGAUCAGACAAAGACGUACAGAUCCAUACAGAAACAUGGAGAAGAUUUCUUUUAUCGCAAUUUUACUUCUUGGAGCCUUAUGGGAGACUGCAGCAAUGUCCGUAACAGAAGUGUCGGGAAAGAAGAUCACGAUAAUAUGCUCUCAUGCCUACGCAACUUCGAACGUCAAAUAUUUCUGCAAAGGAGCAUGUAACAAUGCAGACAUCCUAAUAACUAGCAGGACAAUGGCUCACUCUAACAAAUACAGCCUCCAAGAUGAAGGAAACACGUUCUCUGUGACCAUAUUUGAUCUGACAGUGGCCGACUCAGGAACUUACUGGUGUGGAAUAGAGAGGAUUGGUGUGGACACGUACAAUCAAGUGGUCCUCACAGUUACAGCAGAUACGAACAUGCCCCAGCCAAUGUCAAAUGAGACAAUCAAUACACAGUCCUUAAAGAAGAUGGUGUAUAUUGGAGCAGGUCUUGCGGUGGUCGUGCUCGCUCUGGCAAUUUUUCUUCUAAUAUUCUUCAAAUAUCGAAACAGAGAUGUCACUUCAUCCAAAGGAAAAAUCCAGGACACAGUCUACACAACACUGUCCAAUAAGAAACAAGAUGGACACGUCACUACUUCGUCUACAGCUGCCAACGAGGCUCAAAAAACAGAUCAUACCAGCAGAGGUCUCACGGAUCAUAUUUACUCCAACGAUAACGUUUCCUCCGAGCCUCAGGUCCAAUCAGACGGCCUCUUUUACUCCACCAUUAGCUUCAAGAGGAAUGCUGACUGCAGACCUGUGACACCCUGCACUGAAGGAGUGACAUACUCCACCAUUGAAUGCAAAUCUACAGACACAUCCAAACACGUCAAUAGCAGCAUGUACUGGGAUGAUAUCACUUCAAUGAAAAAAACAGAAGCCUCAGGGAAAAGUGGCCAAAUCGUCUGCCACUAUCCAAAGUCGCAUGAGAAGAAUGAUAAAUUCCUGUGCAAGGGGAACACUCCGUUCAGCUGUGAGAAGCUGAUACAGACAACAAAUCAGGAAAGAGAUGUGGAAAAAGACAGGUUUAAAAUAAGAGACAACCAAAGAUUGAAUUACUUCUCCGUGAACAUCAGAUUUCUGAGCACAGACGACUCUGGAACGUACUGGUGCGGCUCUGACACGACAUGGCAGCAGGCUGAAUUCAACAAAACCCUCCUUACUGUGGUUGAUAAAAACCACAUCAAAACCACAACAUCAGUCCGUGAACUUACUUCUGACGAAGAUGAGCCACGUUCAAAAGCGAGUGAUGAGUCAGACAAAAAAGCCUCUUCAGACAAAGAUGCAGGUUGGAUUGGCUAUGUGGUAGGGGGUCUGGUGUUGUUACUGGUACUCUUGGUUGUACUUGUACUGUUCAGACAUAAACUCCCCAGGUCACAAGUUUGUUGUCCUGCAGGGCGAUCUUCAGAGCAGGUGACAAAUGGGGGACAGAACACAGAGGGAAAUCAAGGAGAGCCCGACUAUGAGGAGAUACAGGACCAGCAGGCGAGCUCAGGACACGUACUGCGUACCAUUUAUGCCACCGUCAACCCACCCGCAGACCAGCUUGUGGGUGUUAACUACGCCACCGUCAACACCCACAAGGACUCUCUCAGUGUCUGCACAGGCAAAGACGCACUUCCUGACACAAAUAUAAAUCAUUGUGAAUACUCAUCUGUCAUGACUCAGAGUCCUGUUCACCCUCCAGGAACAGAGCGGACCAUCUACUCCACAGUGUCAAUACCAGGGGAACCAUGAGACUGACUGCCCACAUGUUUUAUAUAUUGUCCAUACGCCAAGAACCCGGUAGAUUAACCACUCCAACACUUGCCACAAAAUGCCACAAAAUCUAAAAAUACUCCUCGGUGAAACAGAGCCUUGUUCUCACAACUUUGAUUAAGUCUUGACACCAAGAGGUAAACAAACAAGUGAAAUUGGGCCUACAGCUAUGCAGUGCAAAUAAAAAACCCAUCUUCAUACACAUAACGCUCUGUCAAAAUACUAAAUAAGAGGAAAUCUGUGAAGACUGUAUAGAAAAAGAAGUGUAAUGCCUUCAAGGCUGUGCUGUAGGUCAUUGCCCACACUAUCGGAAGUGUUGCUUUAUAUUCUUGUAUGGGGCGCUGUUGCUCACACUAAAAAUCAGAGCAACAUUUCUCCACAUUAAGCUCUACAAGAUUACUAAAUAUUGGUGUGGCUUUUAAAGGGUUUUAAGAGAGGUCAAAAAGCUCCAGCCACACUUGUAGUAUGAAGAUCUCUAUUCCAACCUUUCACUCUCCGUGCACCACUGGAUAGUUGGUGAAGUUAAGCCAGACAACCCUACUCUGCUUCUCCAGUGCUUUGCUUUUCUGAGACUCACUUACCAUGGAAGACCAACACAUAAGAAGAUACCUCAAAGGUCUAAUAAAUAUGAUUGAUCUCAUACUGAAAGUGUUGCUGGAGCUUUUUGACCUCUUCAAGCCUUUCACUCUCUAGUUGGUGAAGUUCUGCCAGAAAACUCUACACUCAAUAUAAUGUUUCCAAAAUGCUCCAAACAAACUACCAACAAAACCACUCAACUAGGCACCAAUUACCAAACAAAACUUUCUUAGCUAGAAGUCAUGGCACAAAUGGGCAUAAGGCGGACGGCCCCCUAAUUUGUUAUAACCUAGCUCUAUAGGCCAUGAAAAUAUGGGAAGGACAUAAUGUGUGUCAGUCAGUAAAGUGUAAAUGUGGAUGUAUAACAUACUCAAGUGUACAGACAAUGCUCGCCCCAACAGUGCUGUCACUAAUAAAUACAACUUUUAAGUUUGGUCAAAAAGUAGAGGCACUGUUGAGCCUUUGCAAAUCUUACAUUUGUAUUAACACUUAAUGUCACUUUGCUGUCAAUAGUUGUGACAGAUAUUUAUACUCCUGUACAAUUUCUAUUGCUGUGCCGUUCAUAAUAACACAGAAGAGAGAUAAAUGUCUUCUAAAAUCAAUAAUCAUAUCUUCAGCUUUCUUUAGCCGUAGUCGCACAGGAUUAGAAUUACCUGGAGACCUUUGGUAAUUUGGGAAAUACUCCUCAACGUCAGUGUUUGUUGCUCUGUUAUUUACUGACAUGUCUGAUUGAAAACGUUUAGGCACUGCAAAAGUACAGCCGCAAAUUACUGAGAUGCCGAUUCGGACGGGAUUACUAUUUGUGAAUAUUUACUUUACAAAUAACAGACAUUACAGACAUUUUUUUUGAUAACUUCUGAUUUGAUUUUAUGAAGGUUAAGUAAUAUUCACAAUAAGGAGCGUAGCUGACCUGAUUGACAGGUGGGCGCGGGGUAACGGUUUGUCAAGAGGCUUUAAAACCUGCCUCAGCCUGUCGUUAGGCUGACUGAACGUUAGGCUGAGACAGCAUUUCCUGCAUGGCGGCGACCGCCAUCAAUGACCCUCCAGGGCCUCCUGCAGUAACAGAUGUGUGACAUCACUCAGGCUUCAUCUGUUAAUACUUACAGUCUGCACAUGACGUGUUCUUUAACGAGCCUGUGGAUACACUUAUAUCAGGUAUACAUUUCUCUGUGUGUUUUGGGAAAAUGAUAUUCAUUUAUAAUAUAGACUAUAUUAACAUAUAUUAACAUUCUGUAAAACGUGUGUUCAUGUAUUAACAUGCUGUAAUAAUAUACUACUAAUAAAAACAUCACAAAGA